CUGCGCGCCUGUUCUGGGGCGUUUGGCUUCACCGCGCAGGCGCGGUCGCCGCUGCUGUUGUGGUCCCCAUGGAGCUGCCGUAGCGGACCCAGCACAGCCAGGAGCGUCCGGGAUGAGCUCAGCCGCGGCCGACCACUGGGCGUGGUUGCUGGUGCUCAGCUUCGUGUUUGGGUGCAAUGUUCUUAGGAUCCUCCUCCCGUCCUUCUCAUCCUUCGUAAGUGGCUGCCUGGCCUCCCAAGGGCCGGUGGGGAUGCCGCCCCAGUCCCCCGGCGGGUCUGGCAUGUCCAGGGUGCUGCAGAAGGACGCGGAGCAGGAGUCACAAAUGAGAGCGGAGAUCCAGGACAUGAAGCAGGAGCUCUCCACGGUCAACAUGAUGGAUGAGUUUGCCAGAUACGCCAGGCUGGAAAGAAGGAUCAACAAGAUGACGGAUAAGCUCAAAACCCACGUGAAAGCUCGGACAGCUCAAUUAGCCAAGAUAAAAUGGGUGAUAAGUGUCGCUUUCUACGUAUUGCAGGCUGCCCUGAUGAUCUCACUCAUUUGGAAGUAUUAUUCUGUCCCUGUGGCUGUCGUGCCGAGUAAAUGGAUAACCCCUCUAGACCGCCUGGUAGCCUUUCCUACUAGAGUAGCAGGUGGUGUUGGAAUUACCUGUUGGAUUUUAGUCUGUAACAAAGUUGUGGCUAUUGUGCUUCAUCCGUUCAGCUGAACAGGAAGAUGGAUACAGCUAUGAGACUUUUAAAAAUGGAUUUUCUCUUAUUAGGUUAAAAAUCUGAUUUAGACUGUUUUGUUUUUUAAGAAACAAAAGUGCACAGUUUAGAUUUUUUUUUUGUUGAAUAUGUUUGUUCUUGGACUUUAUGAGAGAGUCUUAUAAGAAUCAUGAUUUUCUACACCUGUCAUUGAGCCAAGAAAGUCCAGUUUAUGACAUGUAUGUACUAGCGAACACCGUUCUAGAUCUGUACGAAAUGUGAAAUGUUUAGGGACAUCUCCGUGCUGUCACUUCUGAUUUACCCUCUUAUGUAUUUUGGUCAUAUUGCCAGCUGGAAAGUCAAAAUUUUCUAACAACUUUAAGUAAGUUCUUUGAAGACUUAGUGCUGUUUUUAAUCCAGUUUAGAAAGUAACUUAAUUUUAAUACCACUACUAAAAAUUUGAAAAUUUCUUCUUUAAUCACAUUCAAUACAGUUAAAAGAACAACACUAAUUGACAUUGCAUGGGCUUUUUCUCCCUUUGUUUAAAAUGUCAUUUGUUGAGCAAGAGUUGUAUAGUAUUAUCUACUUACUUGAGACUGUUAAUUUUUCAUUACAGUGUUUUGUAAAUUUAUCCAUGAGACCAUAAUGCAUUGUUUUGUGCUCAACUUGUGUUUUGUAUUUAAAGCAUUUUGAAUGAAGUGUAUUUUGUAAGCAUUUAAUAUUUAUACUCUUUAGAAUGGAACACAGAAAACAAACCUUAUAAGGCCUGAUUAAAUUAAUCUGAACCAAUAACCUGUGUGGCCCAUAAAGUAUAAUUCUAUUAAAUGUUCCUUAAAACACUUUUUUUCUAAUUAAAAUCUUUGCAAGUGCUUGUGUAACUUCCUGCCUUACAGCUGCUUGUUUGCUGUGAGCCACCCGCAACUGACAAGUGGCUGUUAACUUAGUCACCAUAUCACAGUAAAGCUGAAUUCUCUCACUA